AAUUGGAAUUACACUGCCGGGGCGGGGCAGUUUUAUCGGAGUUCUGUUCAUCCAUGGCGUUGGCUCCUUUCUCCACAUUUCGCUCUUUUGAAAACCCUACCCAUAAGUUGAUUUUCUCCAAAUCUUUCCGCCGAAAGCCAUUCAAUCUCAUCAAUUGCAGAUCUAGCUCAACAGAUGCAUCCGAACUCGAAGGCGCCGGACCAUCGGCGCCGACACGAGGCGAAGUCUUCCUGCGGCAACAAGAGUUUGCAGCUGCAGCUGCUGCUGUUAUAUCGGAAUCGAAGAAGAAGACGACGAAGAGGAAAGACAAGGCUGUGAAAGCGGCUCUGAUUACUGUUCCGAGCUGCUAUGGAUGCGGCGCGCCGUUGCAGACAUCCAAAGAGGAUGCUCCCGGGUACGUGGAGCUUGAGGCUUAUAAUCUGAAGAAGAAGCAUAGACAGCUGAGAAAGGUGUUGUGUGGGCGGUGCAAGCUUUUGUCCCAUGGUCAUAUGGUUACUGCUGUUGGCGGAAAUGGAGGAUAUUCCGGCGGGAAACAAUUUGUCACGGCUGAAGAGCUUCGGGAAAAGCUGUCACAUUUGCGUUAUGAGAAAGCUCUUAUAGUGAAAUUGGUGGAUAUAGUCGAUUUCAAUGGCAGUUUCCUGGCCAAGGUUCGUGAUCUUGCUGGCGCUAAUCCGAUUAUUCUAGUCAUUACUAAGGUUGAUCUUCUUCCUAAAGGGACUGAUUUUAAUUGUGUUGGUGACUGGGUUGUGGAGGCAACAAUGAAGAGGAAGCUAAAUGUGCUGAGUGUGCACUUGACGAGUUCUAAGUCUUUGGUGGGCAUUGCUGGAGUGAUCUCAGAAAUUCAGAAAGAAAAGAAGGGGAGGGAUGUAUACAUUUUGGGAUCAGCUAAUGUUGGAAAAUCUGCUUUCAUCAAUGCUCUCUUGAAAAUGUUAUCUUAUAAGGAUCCAGCGGCAGCUGCUGCCAGAAAAUACAAACCAAUUCAAUCUGCUGUUCCAGGAACGACUUUGGGUCCAAUCCCAAUUGAAGCUUUCCUAGGAGGAGGGAAACUAUACGACACACCUGGAGUUCAUCUGCACCAUAGGCAAGCUGCAGUAAUCCACUCAGAGGAUCUACCUGCCCUUGCGCCCCAAAGCCGACUUCGAGGUCAAUCUUUCCCAAACCCCCAUGUGAAUUUGGACAACUCAAUGGUCGAGCAAAUCAGGUCAGAUGGUAUGGUUGGUUUUUCAGUAUUUUGGGGAGGUCUUGUCCGAGUAGAUGUCAUCAGAGCUCUCCCAGAAACACGCCUGACCUUCUACGGACCUAAGGCACUUCAAUUACAUGUGGUACCAACUAGAGAGGCAGAUGAAUUUUACCGGAAAGAAGUUGGGAGCAUCUUGACGCCUCCAACUGGGAUACAGAAGUUGGACAGCUGGGCAGGUCUUGAAACAAAACGCGAGUUACAAAUAAAAUAUCAUGACCGGGAGAGGCCGUCUUGCGACGUGGCUAUAUCAGGGCUCGGGUGGAUAUGCAUCGAACCAUUUCCCGGAUCGGCCGAGGCCACUGCAGCAGCAGAAUCCGGCGGUGAGAUAAGUAUAACUGUUCAUGUUCCCAAGCCUGUGGAGAUAUUUGUUCGUCCUCCUUUACCAGUAGGUAGUGGCGGAGAGAAAUGGUACGAGUACAGGGAAUUGACAGAAACCGAGCAGGAAGUAAGGCCAAAGUGGUACUUCUAACUCAGAUAUGAGCUUGAGCUUGAUGAUGGAGGUAUGAAUGAGGAGGAGACUCUGAUCUGAGGUUGGGUGAGUUACGUGUGUUUCUUUUGAUUUGGUUUGGAAAGAAAAUGUAUUUUUUUCAAAAAAUACUGGGUCCAAAUGGUAAAACUUUGGAAAUUUUGGGCAAAAGAAACACAUUAUUAUUAUUA